GCGGGUGGAACAUUAUCGCUUUCCUUAUCCGUUCAGUUGAACCGUACACGGCAAACGCCAAGCCACGAAACAAACACUUCACCAGGAAGUCUUGGCUAGCGUUGUUUAUAACCACCGUUAGGGUUGACUUAUAAUGAUAGCUUCUAGCUAAUUUUUACGUUUAAAUGUUAACGAUAUUAAAAGCCAUACCUUGAGGUGUCGGUAUUAGAGGUCUGUCUUUUAGGAAACAGAAUUUUAAUUAUAAAUAAUAGCUUUAUCUCGGCUCUACUACCCGUCGUUUACAAGCUUUCUGUAAACAUCAGCUGUUCCAGGUGAGUCGCGAUAUGUCCGAGUCCGGUCACAGUCAACCCGGCAUGUAUGGGCAAGGGCGCAGGAGGAGGCGACGCCGAGGGGACAGAGAUGUUGGCCCUCCGGGGCAAAAUCUGUCCGGACCCAGUCGAGAUCGGGAUUACCAACCGAGAGAGCGAAGGGAUGGAAGCGAGGAUCCACCAGGUCCUCUAAUUCAGAAGACCCCCAUCAUUCUUGCAAAACCUCCCGGAGAAAGGGCUAAGCCCUCACAAAAUACACCUGUCAGUGGAACACCAGUCCUUGAGAAGCCCAUCAUGCUAAUGAAGGCCAGGGACGAUGGAGUGAAGCCAGGGACACCUACUGAGUCGGCUGCACAGUCCUCUGGUCCACCCUCUAAGAUAGAGAGGGAAGGGCAGCGACCUACUCAGCCUGUAUACCAGAUCCAAAACAGAGGAAUGAGUGCUUCUGCAUCGAGCAGUGCAUUGGACCCCAUGGUUGGGCAGUCCAAACUCCUUCCUCCGGAGAAAAUGAAGCACAGCAUUAAACUGGUGGAUGAUCAGAUGAAUUGGUGUGACAGUGCCAUGGAGUAUUUGAGGGACCAGACAGACAUGUUGGUGGUGGGAGUUAUUGGCUUGCAGGGAACUGGGAAAUCCACCAUCAUGUCGCUGUUAUCUGCCAACACUCCUGAGGAAGAUCAAAGGAGUUUUGUAUUCAGACCCCAGACUCAAGAAAUCAAGGAAAGAGGUGGAAAUCAGAGCACAGGGAUUGAUUUCUUCAUCACACAGGAGAGAGUUAUCUUCUUGGAUACGCAGCCAAUGCUUAGCCCAUCAAUUCUGGAUCAUCUUAUCAACAAUGAUCGGAAGUUACCUCCAGAAUACAAUCUUCCUCAUACAUAUGUUGAGAUGCAGUCUCUUCAGAUCGCUGCCUUCCUGUUUACAGUGUGCCAUGUUGUAAUUGUGGUUCAAGACUGGUUCACUGAUUUGAACCUUUACAGGUUUCUUCAGACUGCUGAGAUGCUGAAACCUUCCACACCAUCUGCAAGCCACGACAGCACCGGCUCUUCAGGCAGUGAUGACGGAGCAGAGUAUUAUCCACAUAUAGUUUUCCUCCAGAACAAGGCCAGACGGGAUGAUUUCUGCCCAAGAAAUCUGAAGAACAUGCAUAUGGUGGUCGACAAAUUAAUGGCUCAUUCUCACCUCAAAUACAAAGGAACAUUAUCCAUGCUCGACUGCAAUGUCUUCCCAGGCCUGGGGCAGGACUAUCUGACAACCGAGGUCAAUAUGUUUUUGCUUCCUGUGCAGGAAAAUGACGGGGAGGAUAAUUUGACCAAAGCAGGGUCAGGAACGUACCCACUGUUCUCUCUGCUCCCCGGCUAUAGAGGACACCCGGCCUUUUCCACCAUGGUUUCAAAACUCCGCAGCCAAAUACUGGCCAUGCCCCGCUGUCAGCUGUCACACACUAUUCUCACUGAGAAAAACUGGUUUCACUAUGCAGCUCGUAUCUGGGAUGGUGUGAAAAAGUCCUCUGCCCUCUCUGAAUACAGUCGUCUGCUCUGCUGACACGUGUUUAACUGCUCUUAUGUACAGUUUUAUUUCACUGAUCAGAUCACACAAAGACAAAAGAAGUGCAGCUGAAUGGGAUGUUGAAAAAAAAAAAA